AGGCGACCCAGUCGUCAAUGGUAUCCGGACCGUUUCGGUGACACCAGCUUUUAAGCAGAAUGAGGUGCCUUGCGCUAAGUUUGGUUACUUUGCUGGGGUUGGCUGCUGCGGGGUUAGCGAUUCCACUGGAAAAAGAAGUGGAACGACCCGAUAGCUGGUACCAUCCCGAUUUUCCCGAGGAUCGGGAACUGCGGAAGAUCAACUCUCGAAAUGCUGACGAUAAGCGAACCAUUGAUUAUUGGGUGAAGAAUGCCCGGGCUACGGUGGAUCAGAUAGUGAAGCGGCAGGUCAACAAGAAGACUGCCAAGAACGUGAUUAUGUUCCUGGGAGAUGGAAUGUCCAUUUCGACUGUGGCGAUGGCUCGAGUUUAUGCCGGAGGUGAGGAACAGCAGUUGGCCUUUGAGAAGUUCCCGCACAUAGGGAUGUCGAAGACGUACUGCGUCGACUACCAGGUGGCAGAUUCGGCCUGUACGGCUACGGCCUAUUUGACUGGAGUUAAAGGUAACUAUGAGACCAUUGGGGUUAACGCAAAGGUCCCUAGUUAUGAUUGUGAAGCUGCGCUAGAUACAAGCACCCAUACGCAUUCGAUUGCCAAAUGGGCAAUGGAUGCUGGUAAGGACGCUGGAUUGGUCACGACGACCCGAGUGACUCAUGCUUCACCGGCCGGAGUUUAUGCUCACACAGCUAAUCGGGAUUGGGAAGAUGAUUACUACGUAUCCGUCGAUGGUUGUGAUGCAGUAAAGGUUGAUGACAUCGCCGAACAGCUGAUCCACGGAGAAGUUGGAAAGCGGCUUAAGGUUAUCAUGGGAGGAGGUCGUCGGGAGUUCCAUGAUCGUUCCAUGCCCGAUGCAGAGUAUGGUUCAAAUGGGUAUCGACGUGACGGAAAGGACUUGAUCCAGGAAUGGUUGGAUCUCCAGGAAGAUGGAGAAACACGCAACUACGUUUGGAACAAGACGGAGCUGAUGGCAGUUGAUCCGAAGAAGGUCGACAAACUUCUGGCUCUGUUUGAGCCAUCUCACUGUGCUUACAACUUGGAUCGAGUUCACCAGCAAAUGCCGGAAGAACCAACACUGGCCGAGAUGGUUGACAUCGCAACGGACAUUCUCGCCAAGAACGACAAAGGAUUCUUCCUUUUCGUUGAAGGUGGUCGUAUCGAUCACGGACAUCACGACAACCGAGCCAAGUACGCCGUCGAUGAAACCGUCCAAUUCUCCGAAGCCAUCGAACUUGCUAGGGCGAAGUUCAGUGAAGAUGAUACCCUCAUUGUUGUCACCUCAGAUCAUUCUCACAGUGUCAGCUUCUCAGGUUAUCCGAACCGCGGAAACAACAUCUUCGGAACGGCUGGAACUGCCAGUGACAAUCUACCCUACAUGACCAUCAGCUACGGCAAUGGACCCGGAUUCUCCAGCCACGUUGACACCGAGAAGGGAACUCGUCGAGACGUUCGGACAAUGGACACCAGUCCAGACAACUUCCGAUUCCCGGCCACACUCCCGGUCGAUUCGGAAACGCACGGAGGAGAAGAUGUGGCGGUGUAUGCUUCCGGACCGUGGUCUCACCUGUUCACCGGAACCUACGAGCAGAACACCAUUCCCCAUAUGAUGGCUUACGCGGCCUGUAUUGGAGCCGGCGCAAAGGCUUGUCCAUAACUUCUGAUUCGAACAAAAAAGUAGUCUCUAAGAAUUGUUAUUUUGAUCUGUUUGUGUGCGAUUAUAAAUGCGUGUGAUAAGAAGAGAUAUUUGUUUCGAUUUUAAAACAAUACAGCAAAACGAGAUGGUUGGCUUGUGCCGUUGAUUUAUUUUGUUUGAUAAAAA